AUUUUAUGUUAUUUUAUUGGCAGAAUAUAUUAUUAACUUUUUAAAAAUGAAUACAAGUGAAUUUUCUCCUCCAAUGCCACGAUUUCGACAGAGAUAUUGCUCUGGAGAAAUCCCUGUAACACUUGUAAGAGAAAAUUUCGGAUGGAAUUUGUAUUGGAAGGUUCCUAUAAAAGAUAUAGACUUCGGGUAUUAUUUACCAAUAUUUUUUGAAGGUUUGAGAGAAACUCGUAAACCUUUCGACCUGAUUGCAAAUAUAGGAUUGCAUGAGAUGCUGGAUAUAUUAGAAGCUCAAAAUUCUUGUCACUUCUUGGACGAAAUAAUUCCUCAUCUGAUAAAUGGAUUAACUAGCGAUAAUCCGAAUAUACUGUUGAGAUCAUUGAUGGCUUUGCAGCAUCUUUACGAUGUCACUCAACUGUUUUUGCAUCCGUAUCUUAAUAGAAUUUUGCCUGCAUUGAAUGAGAUUAAAGAAAAAUUUCGAGAUUGCACUGAUCCGGAAAGAAUAAAAAUUGUGGUUUUGGUAUCUGAAACAAUCGCUAUUUUAGCACAAGAAUAUUUAUAAAUAUUUAUCUUCUGUAUGAAACAAAAUUAUGUAGUUAAAGCUGAUAUAUUAAAGUAAUUUUUAAAUUCUAUAAAAAUCAUUAGA